CAGCUGUGUGUUCAGAGGCACCUGUGCAUGAGGAGAAGUUUGUUCUAUGGCCUCAGAGCUGGGUGCUAGGGAGGAUGGCAGCUGCUCAGAGCUGGCAAAACCCCUUUAUCUGCAAUAUCUGGAGAAAGCUUUGCAACUGGAUCAGUUUUUACGACAGACGUCUGCCAUCUUUAACAGGAGUAUAUCCAGCGACGAAAGCGAAGAUGGAUUGGAUGACAAUCCUUUGCUGCCCCAAUCUGGGGAUCCCCUGAUGCAAGUCAAGGAAGAGCCUCCAAACUCUUUGCUUGGGGAAUCUUCUGGAGCAGGGAAUUCCGGGAUGCUGAACACACAUUCCCUGAAUGGAGUACUGCAGCCAGAACCAAAGUCUGAAAAAGGGAGCUUGUAUAACUUUUCCAAACUGAAGAAAAGCAGAAAGUGGCUGAAGAGUAUCCUUCUGAGUGAUGACUCCAGUGACACAGAUUCACCAAGUGAUGAAGACGGAGAGGAGGAAGAAGAAUUUUCUCUUUCAAGGGAGGAACUUCACAAUAUGCUGCGAUUGCACAAAUAUAAGAAACUGCAUCAAAGUAAAUAUAGCAAAGACAAAGAGUUGCAGCAAUAUCAGUACUACAGUGCAGGGCUGCUGUCUACUCACGAUCCUUACUACGAGCAGCAGCGCCACCUGCUAGGGCCCAAGAAAAGGAAGUUUAAAGAAGAGAAAAAAUUAAAAGGCAAGUUGAAAAAAGUGAAGAAAAAGAGGAGACGGGAUGAAGAACUCUCUUCAGAGGAGUCACCACGACGUCACCAUCACCAGACCAAAGUUUUCGCCAAGUUUUCUCAUGAUACACCACCACCUGGGUCCAAGAAAAAGCAUUUUACUAUUGAGCAACUUAACGCACGUCGGCGGAAAGUGUGGCUUAGCAUCGUUAAAAAGGAGCUGCCAAAGGCAUACAAGCAAAAAGCUUCAGCCCGCAACCUUUUCUUAACAAACAGCAAAAAG